GAAUAGGCAGCAGGAGGAGUUUAUGGGAAUGGGUGGGAAGGGAGAUAUGCAGCUUUUCGGCGACGAUAUCUCGUCGAGGUAUCUGCCUCAAGAGGUGCCGGAUACGCAGAAAUCGGCAAAGUGAGGCGAUACACGAUUUCUUCGACAUGGCGGGAUGGUCCUGCUUUUCAGUUCAUGGUUAUCAGGAGCGGCACUCUUUUUCCGUUGUAUAUACUGGGAUUUCACCAGGGGUCAUCACAAGCCACUCCUUUUCGACCAUUGGGGACGAUGCAUUUAUAUCAAUGUCCAAAAAGUAUGUACAAAGGAGUAUUGUAUGAGAAGCAAUAUGGAUUGGAAUUGAGUCCAGCAUAUGUAAUGGUACUGCAUGCUUGCCCACCUCAACGUACAGAGAUCGUGCAUUUACCAUGUUUUCGGGAGGUUUAAGCCUUGUCCCUUUUUCGAGACAGGACGCCACAGCCAAUGUCUGUCUG